UUUUUUUUUUUUUUAAAAAAAAAAAAGAAGGCUUUUCAAAAGACAUUGAGACAAUACUAUACGGAUAGAAAUCUUUCUAUCACCUUUACAGAAAUCAAUCCUAUUGAUACUGCUGAAAACAUUGAACCAUGGCCCCAUAGUCUCAAUAUGGAUGAGCCCUUUGAACAUUACAAACUCUUAAAAAAAUAAGUGGCAAAAAAAGGUGAAGGUAAUGAAAUCUAUUAAUUGGAACAGAACAUCAAUCUCCUACUAUAUCACUACAAGCCCAUCUGUAUCAAAUCCAGAAGUAAACUUACUGGAGGCUGAUACUGAUGACUUAUAUAGUAAAACUCAUGAGUAUGAGACAGUCAUACACCUUUUAAGAGCAGAAAUUCGUUCCAAUGAAAGUCAAAUCAAAUGGCGUAAAAUA